GCAGAGCAGGGAACCGGCGGGGGCGGGGCCGGGGCGGGGCAUGGCCGGACCACGCCCCGGAUGGGGUGGAGCCGCGGCGGUGGCGCCAAAUCCCAACCAUGGCGCCGGAGCGGGUGCGGAGCCGGGCGCUCUCCGCCUUCAAGCUGCGCGGCUUGCUGCUACGAGGAGAAGCUAUUAAGUUCCUCACAGAAGCUCUACAGUCUGUCAAUGAAUUAGAGCUCGAAGAUACUCUGGAAAAGAUCAUCGAUGCAGUGGAAAAGCAGCCCUUGUCAUCAAACAUGAUCGAACGACCUGUAGUGGAGGCUGCGGUCCAGGAAUGCAGUCAGUCAGCUGAGGAAACUUUAGAGCAUAUUUUCAAUAUCAUAGGAGCUUUUGAUAUUCCACGCUUUGUGUAUAAUUCAGAAAGAAAAAAAUUUCUCCCUCUAUUAAUGACCAACCGUCCUGCACCAAGUUUAUUUGGAACAGCAAGAGAUAAAGCAGAGCUGUAUCGUGAACGAUACACCAUUUUGCAUCAGAGGACCCACAGACACGAACUGUUUACUCCUCCAGUGAUCGGUUCUCACCCUGAUGAAAUGGGAAGCAAGUUCCAGCUUAAAACAAUAGAAACUUUACUGGGUAGUACAACCAAGGUCGGAGAUGUGAUUGUUCUUGGAAUGAUAACCCAGUUAAAAGAAGGGAAAUUUUUUUUGGAAGAUCCUACUGGAACAGUACAACUGGAUCUUAGUAAAGCUCAGUUCCAUAGCGGUCUAUACACAGAGGCCUGCUUUGUCUUGGCAGAAGGUUGGUUUGAAGAUCAAGUGUUUCAUGUCAACGCUUUUGGGUUUCCACCCACUGAGCCCUCGAGUACUACCAGGGCAUACUAUGGAAAUGUCAAUUUUUUUGGAGGGCCUUCUACUACAUCUGUAAAGACUUCUGCAAAACUAAAACAACUUGAAGAUGAAAAUAAAGAUGCCAUGUUUGUGUUUAUAUCUGAUGUCUGGUUGGACCAAGUGGAAGUGUUGGAAAAACUUCACACAAUGUUUUCUGAUUCCCUAAAAACUUUGGCAGACAUAAUAUGUGAAUAUCCAAAUAUUCACCAAAGUAGUCGUUUUGUAUUUGUACCUGGUCCAGAGGAUCCUGGAUUCGGUUCCAUCUUACCAAGGCCGCCUCUUGCUGAAAGCAUCACCAGUGAAUUCCGACAAAGGGUACCAUUUUCCGUCUUUACUACUAACCCCUGCAGAAUUCAGUACUGUACACAAGAAAUUAUUGUCUUUCGUGAAGACUUAGUGAAUAAAAUGUGCAGAAACUGUGUCCAUUUUCCUAGUAGCAAUUUGGAUAUUCCUAAUCAUUUCGCAAAGACUGUCUUCUCCCAAGGCCACCUGACUCCGCUGCCUCUUUAUGUCUGCCCGGUGUACUGGGCAUACGACUACGCUUUGAGGGUAUAUCCUGUGCCUGACCUGCUUGUUAUUGCAGACAAAUACGAUCCUUUCACUGUGACCAAUACCGAGUGCCUCUGCAUAAACCCCGGCUCUUUUCCAAGAAGUGGAUUUUCAUUCAAAGUGUUUUACCCUUCCAACAAGACAGUAGAAGACAGCAAACUUCAAGGCUUUUGAUUCUUAAAGGCCAUCUGAAGAAAAAAGUUGAUGUUUUCUCUUUACUUUAUAUAAUUCUGAUAUUGUUGUAAUAAAAUUAUAAUAGGCUUUA